UUUUAACUUUUUAAGACUCGUUUUCACUUUUACAUCCGCAUCCAAACUUUGUCCUCCUCAUCCAAAUUCCAAUACCCACAAUUGGAAUUCAACACCAAAAUACUAAAUGUUUCUGAACGUUUGUACUUUGUAACCUUGUUUGUUUUUCUUUAAAAAAAUUUCAGCCCAAAAGAUCCCAAACCUGAAAGUCAACCUUAAACUAUCAGUAUUGAGUUCCAUGAAAAUUUAGAACCCACAGCUCCCCCAAGAGGCGUGUAACUAACUGCAACAACAAUCAUGGCAUUGGAGACAGCAUGGUAUGACCUUGUGUGUUAUGGCAUAAUUGGCAUGGCCUUACUAGGUGCCUUGUGGGUGCUGGAAAUGAACGAAGGAGCUUCCCGAAGAGAUUUUGAGACCACCUUUGCGAGCCUUUUGUUGUCUCGACCUGAAGAUGAAGUGGUCGUGAGUGUGUUGCACAGAGGCCACGUCAGCACCCCACAGCUAUGGACAAGUUGUUGGCGAGGACUUCACCCCUUUUGCCUCCUUGUUACCCGUUUCCUUUCCUUUGUGAUCAUGCUUUUGUUCUUACUCUGGGAUGUUCUCGCAUACGAUGCAAGCAUCUUUUUUUACUACACUGAGUGGACUAUCAUAUUGGUUACCAUAUAUUUUGCGUUGGGGACCAUUGUAUCUGCUCAUGGAUGUUGGCGGUGCUUUAAUAAACCCCUCAUUCACAAUGGAGCAAAGGCUGAGUUUCUGAGAAGGGAUGUAGAAGAGACAAUGUCUACAAACUUAAUCGCUUCCAACAAGUUGGAAAGCCAAUAUGUUGAAGAGGACUUUCAACAAAGAGCAGGGUUUUGGGGUUUCAUCAUGCAAACUAUAUAUCAGACUUGUGCAGGGGCUGCCAUCCUAACAGACAUUGUAUUUUGGGUUUGGGGUGUUAUAGUCCCAUUCUUACAAAAUCCUCACUUAAGACUAAGCCCAUUGACGGGUUGCAUGCAUGCGUUGAAUGCAUUUUUCCUCCUUUUGGAUACAUCUCUCAAUAAUCUGCCAUUUCCUUGGUUUAGAGUCUCCUAUUUUGUUCUCUGGAGCUGUGGCUACGUCAUUUUUCAAUGGGUCAUCCACGCCUUUGGUUUUAAAUGGUGGCCAUAUCCCUUUCUGGAGCUUAAUAACAAGUGGGCUCCUAUAUGGUAUUUGUGCCUGGCAGUAAUUCAUGCCCCUUGCUAUGGCGUGUAUUAUCUGAUAGUGCGAGCCAAAAAUACGAUUCUCCCCAGAUUGUUCCCUCAAGCAUUUUUGUCAUAGGAAGUUUCAGAAAAACUAGGAAGGACAUGCUUGUUGCGGAUACAUGGUCGUACACAUCAAGAACAAUCCUCAAUUUCACAUUUCAAGAACGAUGUUUAAUUCUACGUGAAAUUUUUGCUGGUUCGUAUAGUAGGAAAUUUCUUUCGGUUUUUGCACAAAUUUAACAGUAAAAUUACGAUGUUUAAUAUGUUUAACAAAAUUACUAUGAAAGACCUACUCAACUAAAUAUGUGUUUGAAUAACACAUUGAAUCACUCAUUAGAAAAAGUCACAAAUCACAA